GCGUCUCUCAGAGGAAUGACGAUUUUGCUGCUAUAACCAGCUGAUGCUGAGGCUAUGAACACGGAGCCUCUGAAGAACUGUUGACGGUACAUGGAUACCCCGUCGUCGGCGUUGAGCCUGCUGAUUCGGUCUCGUCUCCAUCCAGGGAUUGAGUGAGUAGGAUAUUUGAUCGUGUCACGACGCACAGGCCAGGGCUUUUCACCCCCUUGUCGCUCCAUAUGAUGUUUCCUCUUCUUCCCACAUCAUCAUUAUCAUAGGCAUGAUCAUGUGUGCUUUAGAGAUUGAGCUUUCUCAUCUCACACAGGCGACACAUCUGCAGGUGCGACUGUGUGGAGGUUUGGAUAAAGACGUAAGCACGAGACAGACAACCUGGACAUGGAACAAAGGGAAUUUGGAGACAACUGAAACUACUUGAGUCAGAUCCAUAAAUAACAGUAAAAAGACGUUUUACAAAAACACAUAAGGCAAGGCAAGAGAGCUGUAGAGUGGGGAAGAGAGAAGCAGAAGAGGUUUGUGAAGAUGGGUUGUGGUCAGACAGCAUUUCUCCUGGACUCUACAGUUCACUCUGUCAGCCGCUGGUCAAAGCAGGAGUCCCCUCGCUAAAACCCAGAACUGCUUAACUCACCUGCUGGAGGAGCCCCUACCCUCGGUGAUGUGAUGAAUAAGUUUGAAGUCCUUGGCAUUGUGGGAGAAGGAGCGUAUGGAGUGGUCCUUAAGUGCAGACAUAAGGAAACCAAUGAGCUGGUGGCCAUUAAGAAGUUCAAAGACAGCGAAGAAAAUGAGGAAGUCAAGGAGACGACGCUACGGGAGCUGAAGAUGCUUCGGACACUGAAGCAGGACAACAUCGUUGAGCUGAAAGAGGCUUUUCGCAGGAGAGGGAAACUCUACCUUGUCUUUGAAUAUGUUGAGAGGAACAUGCUGGAGCUAUUAGAGGAACUGCCCAAUGGUGCUCCGCCUGAUAAAGUCCGCAGCUACAUCUACCAGCUCAUCAAAGCCAUCAACUGGUGUCACACAAAUGAGAUUGUACACAGAGAUAUCAAGCCAGAGAACCUCCUCAUCAGCUCGGAGGAUGUUCUCAAACUCUGUGACUUUGGUUUUGCUCGUAACCUGUCUGAAGGGACAGAUGCCAAUUACACUGAGUAUGUGGCUACAAGGUGGUACCGCUCACCUGAGCUGCUGCUGGGGGCUCCCUAUGGAAAGGCCGUGGACAUGUGGUCGGUGGGGUGUAUCCUCGGGGAGCUGAGUGACGGACAGCCCUUGUUUCCAGGGGAAAGUGAGAUAGAUCAGCUCUUCACCAUUCAAAAGGUUUUAGGGACACUCCCUGCAGAGCAGAUGAAACUUUUCUACAACAACCCUCGCUUUCAUGGAAUCAGGUUUCCCUCAGUUACUCAUCCUCAGACUUUAGAGAGAAGGUACCAAGGCAUCUUGAGUGGUCUGAUGUUGGAUCUGAUGAAGAACCUGUUGCUGCUCAACCCGACUGAGCGUUAUCUGACAGAGCAGAGUUUGAACCAUCCGGCCUUCCAGCCUCUGAGGCAGGCAGAGAGAGAAAGGCCUUCACCAGCGUCUCCCAACCCACCGCGCUCCUCCAAGAGGAAAACACACCAUCAUGGAGAGAACACAGUUCCCACAAGAAGUCACACUAAGAGCACGAGCCGCCGCUCCGGCAGCAAAGAAUGUUCCAGCCUCCCUCGCCAUGGGGACCUCCAUCACCUCAGCAACAAGAGUUUCCUCAACGGUAACAAACCGUCCCCAACCAGUUUAAGUCCUACGCUCCACCCCAAGGCCCAGUACAUGUCCCAGACCCUCAAUCGUUCUGCCUCAUCCAACAAAGACCUGACUAACAACAACUUGCCACAUCUCCUCAGUCCCAAAGAUGCCAAAGGCAAGACAGAGUUUGAUUUCAGCUUGGGACCCUCCCCAAAGCUGCAGGACCAGGGACACGGGGCCAAGUACAGCCACAGCAAACCCAGCUCCUCUCGCUCUCAGCAGCAGCAGCAGCAGCAGCAGCAGCAGCAGCAGCAGCAGCAGCAGCAGCAACAGCAGCAGCAGCAGCAGGCAGGCCGCCACACCUUCCUGGAAGGCAAGACCAACACACUGCAGUCUGGAGCAGAGAAGCAACAUGGCCGACAUACCCACAGUAUGGCCGACUCUGCCCACGGAUCCAUGUCCUCUUCUUCUAAGAGUUCAGCCUCUUAUCUCAGCCUGUCCAAGAGCCACAGUGGGCUGAGUGAUGCAAAAUCUGUAGGGAACCUCAGCGAUGGUCGAAUCCAUCAAGAUGACCCCAAUACAACGGCAGGGGUGGGACCCGGGACCCGGUUCUUCCCCGCCAGCUGUCUAGACCUCAACACCCCUUCAGGUCCCCAGGGGCCGCCUGGCAGCCCCUCUACUCGACACAGUGAUCGUUCCGGGCAUAGCCCCGCCUCUCGUAGCAGUGGCAAUGUCCGCAUGGAGAGCAGCACACUGGACUCCUCAUCCAGACACAAAUCCAGACAUAAAACUUUAGCACCAGAGGACGCCGGUGCUCCGGAGCUCUUAGACCCGGGCGGAGCAGGGAUGCCCUCCACUCACACUCUGCCUUCCCCACAUGAGUCUUACCAUUACGGUCUUGGCUACACCUCACCCUUCUCAUCUCAACAACGGCCUCAACGCCACUCCAUGUACGUGAGGAGGGAGCGCCACCGACCACACGGCAUUGAGGGCGGCAUGGCGGGCUUACCUCCACCGGGGCAGGCAAUACCGACACGUGCAAGUAGCCUACAGCUCCUCUCCCCCCAACUGCAGCACCGGACCACCCUCACUGGACACUCAGUGAGCUCUUCGAGAGAGGACUGCACAGAUGACAUGACGAGGAGCGAACAGUCCCCUAAUGACAUGAGCCACCCUUGUGUCCCCAUCAAAGACUCUACGAGGGACAACAAUGCUGCUUUUCAUACACAGCGCUCAAAAAACGAGGUCGGCAUGUAUCAUGACCCUCAUGGCGAGGAUGGAGGUUCCUCCAAGGAGAACCGGAUGAUCUUCACUGAGUCCAUGCCUCGGAGAGUAGGCAGCUUCUACCGAGUCCCUUCCCCGAGACCAGACAACUCCUCCUCUUUCCAUGACGGUGUUGGGCAGGGUCGAGGGCCCAUCAUACCUGUAGUACCCGGAGACCCUGUUGCCAUGGUCAACCACUCCAAACGCCAGACGGCUUUUGAUUGGAACGCUGCAGAAGCAAUGGUCAUGAAUCCUCCUGAGCCUACCAAAGAGAAGGAAAAACAAGGCUUCUUCAGAGCCAUUAAAAAGAAAAAAAAGAAGACACAAAUAACGGACAUGGAGGACGGGAGGAACCCCAGCAUCAAGAAAAGUCUUUUCCCCCUCUUUAGCUCUAAGAAUAGCUUAAAGCACAACUCAGCUGUCAAAGUCCUACCUGUAGUCGCCUCGCCCAUGGUACAACACCAGCCUCCCGCGCCCUACCCUGCCUCACCAGUUCCUGGUAACGGACAAGAACACCUGUCCCUGCAAAGGAGCUCCAAGUCAUCCUCUCAUCAUGGAAGCAGGAGGAAAAACCGUGAGCGAUCCCGAGACCGGGAGCGGGAACAGAGCCGGGACCGAGACAGAGAGAGAGAGAGAGAACGGGAGAGAGAGAGAGAAAGGGAGAGAGAAAGGGAGAGAGAGAGGGAAAGAGGGAGGGAGAGAGAGAGAGUGAAUGACUGGCCUCCAGACAAACCAGUGGACUCACACUCUCAGAGUCAACCCCUCAAGUCACUCCGCAGGCUGCUUCACCUCUCCCCUUCUUCCUCAAAUCAAGGACAGCCUCCUCCUCCUCCUCCUGACCUGCGCUUCCAAGCCCCACUCCCCAACCCGCCUCAGCCCUCCUCCAAAGCAGGCUACUCCGAGGGUCGAGGGCACGGUGAAAGCAGGGGGCACCCCGGGGUGAGCAGCUCCGCCCAGGCUAAGAGCCGCAAAGCCAGCUACCCCCUCCCCGGACAGAUCGAGUCCAGCUGGCACGUGUCCGCUUUACAGCGGGCGGAGGGCGCUCAGUUCACCCCCGAACAGCUGGGCAUCAAACCGGGGCAGAACGGACCCACCUUUACCCGAGCCUCCCGCACCAGGAUGCCAAACCUCAACGACCUGAAGGAGACCGCGCUGUAAACCCCUCCUCCCCUCAAACCACACCACCUCCAACAUGACUCCAUCCUGGAAAGCAUCUGCCGGACGCAGACAUCAUGGUACUGUAGUGGAAGUUUACAUGAAAGCCUAUUUCACUGGAUCGAAUCCUCAUUCAGAAACGUAGUAAUUUGUAGGUGAUCUUGUCUCUGAAAUGUAUAAAGACUAGAUGGUGAAAGGCUUAUCAAAAACACCAGUAAUAGUGUUGUUUGGGGAAUCAAAGACAGGAAAAGUGCCCUCUCCCUCUCGGUACUGUAUCAGUUGUAUGUUAGUCUCUCUCUACUUAACAAGGUUAACAAGGAACAUUAGAAUAAGCUGAUCUUUCCUGUCAAGGAGACACUGCCCACGAGGCCUCUUUGCUGCCAUCUUCUGCUAACAGGACACUGCAGCAAGAGACACAUGACACAGCCGCUGUCACACCGGUGGCCAAUAAACUCAAAUGUUUUUCAAGCUCGGAUAUUUGAUAAGAACAAAAAAAAAAAAGAUUUAUAUCAACAUUAUUUAUUAAAUAUUUAUUUGUUUUCAAUUCAAGGAUAUAAGCUAUAAAUGACACAGUAUGUAGGCUUUAUGGGAAUAAUAUAAGGUAAUAUAGAAUAAUGUGUAAUUGCAAGAGCUUUAGUUCGGACACAAAGAAAUGCAUAGAUCUUUAUGUGUUGAUAAUACGAUAUGUCAAAAGGAAUAUUUAAUAAUGUUGAAUGUCCUUUUUUGUUCAAUUUGAUAUGUUAUUAACAGAUUUUCACGUUAUGUUAUUUUUACCUUUUCUUCUGUUUUUUUCAUCAAAAUGUAAAAAAAAAAAAAAUAUUGAUGAAUACUUUUGGCCAAAGUGGACAAAAGAAAUCUUGGAAAUUACCUACAAAUCUGCACAUCACCCUCAUGACAUCAGUUUUGAAGUUUUGUGACAAGUUGGUUAUUUGUCAACAGGGUUCGGUACCAGAACAGCCAGAGUGAGACUUUUAGGCUCUGUGUUUUACAUACAGUAAUUGUCAUUUCACUUUGUGUCCCACUCUUAGUUUCCCCAUUUUUAAAAUAAGCCCCACUUUAAGUCUUUCAGUUCAUUUAUCAGCCACAACAGCUUUCCAGCUCUGUGCUGCCAUGUUGGAUUUGUCUACAGCCUUAACAGCAAGUGACGCACAUCAAGACCGUUGUGACCAUUGGUGGCAACUAACCAGAAUACAACAUCCAAGCGUGCAAGACAGUAGGAGCGCAUUCUGCAAAAAAACGCAUACCUCACCUAUAACAUUUAAGAUCUGAAAGGUUAAGUCUGGUGGAAUGUAAUGUUGUCUUAAUGUCGACAAAUCCCGUGAAAAGAUCAAAACCAACAAUGAAUCAAACCUAUUAACAAGUGAAUCUUGCUCUGUGCCAUAUAUUGUUGUCCAAACACUAUUAAUAAGUGACCUACGCUGUGGUACUGGUUGACAUGUUCCUUCAUUUGUAUGAACAUGGGCUCUGUAGUUUAUUUAGAAACGGUCACACAUACACCAUCCUGCUGCUGUAAAUGCUCACAACGGAACCAAAUGUGUAUUAAUCUGUCUUGGGAAGGCUGAAAGUAUUGAGAGACAGACUUGGAGUGCCAACGCAGGGGGCUCCGGCAAAACAACUCAUGAUUGCAGGCAAAAAAGGUUUAAAACCUUUGCACCUUGAUGGUAGAUUACUUGUAUUAAAUUACAUGUAACCUGUAAUGUGAAAGCUGUUUUACUUCUGUCUGACAAAUGUUAGACGAUAGAUAAAAUAAUUUCCACAGUGAUACAUUCAGUGUUGUAAAAUCCUGUCUCAGAGUAUUAUACACUGCUGUGCAGUGUUUUGGCAUCUAAUAAGCCUUUAAACAGAUUAUUCUCUCACUCAAACAAGACCCUCUGGAUCCUAUUUAUAUACAAUAUUUGGGGUGGAUAUAUUAGUAGGCAGUCUGUAGAGGGUUGGGAACAGGACGGUUGCUGGUACAAGUCCCCGCACGGGCCAAAGUAUGGAGUUUGGAUUGGUAACUGGAGAGAUGCCAGUACACCUGGGCACUGUCAAGGUGCUCUUGAACAAGGCACCAUAGCCCCCUCCUGCACUGGUAGCCCACUCAAUCUGACAUCUUUCCAUGUGUGCAUGAAAAGGUACAGUAUUGCUUUCUAACAAACAGUUUGUCAGUUGUAAUUUCCCCACUGGGGAUCAAUAUAGAGUAUAAAAUAAAAUAAAAUAAAUUAUUUAAAGUCUCACUGCUACCUGAAACAACACGCCUCUUGUUGUUGUUUUAACGCAGAGCUGUUUUGGCUCCACUAACACAUUGUUGGUUGUUUUUUUUAUAGAAUUUGUUGAAAGAUUUGAAACAACACCAUACUUAACUUUUCACUUUAGAUUCUUCUGUGUGCAUUUUAAAAGCUUCUGUUAUCAACAUUUUUAUAUAUGCCUUUUGUAAAGCAGAAUUUUGUUUUCCUGCUGUAUUCUCAUUACAAUCAGGGAUGAUUUUACUUAACUAGGUUAUUCAUAAAAUUGUUUACUUUGUCUUGUGACUUAUAUGUAUAAUUAAAAGAAAUAUAGAACAAAACCUUAUUAGUCGCCUAGGCAAAAAAUCUGCAUAAUGUUUCUUUCAGUCUUACCUUUACCCUUCAUUCCUUCUUCUUCCUCUGUGGCUUUAAAGCUUGAAAUAAAGAAGGAAAGUGUUUGUAUCACAGAAGGAGGGAACAAAGGAAAGAAAGACGGAUGCAUUUGUGCAAAAUUUUCUUUGACAUCUGUGGACUAAAAAGAGAAUUUUAGAAAAUUCAUGUAUUUUGUUUCUCAUCUGUCAAAAGGUUAAAAAAACAAAAAACAA